AUGUUCAGCUUCAACCUUUAUCCGAACGGUGAACCUCAAACUCCCACGAGGACUCCGAAUACUUCCUCAUUUGACUCUUUCACUACCCCAAAGCUCGAGUCCAGCUUUUUUGAUCCCCGAGUCACUUGGGAUACCGCUGAUCCAUACGCCUCGAGCCCUGAGUGUCUUCGAUCCCCACAGAAGUUUGGCCUCGGCACCCCCUUGAAUGGCCUACGGACGGAGCUAGAUCCCCAGCUGGCAGGGGAUGCUCUCUGCAAGAAUGGAAGGUCUUCGGAUCAGACUGACACAGCUCGUCGGGUUCGACCCUUGAAGCCAUUGCCAGAUCCCGUCGAGAAUCAUCCCCGAGUGGGUUCAGCCAAGUCCGCAGCCUCGAUGCAAACUCCCCCACCGACAAGCGCCUCACGACGAAAAAUCUCCGAAUUCGACCUGGAGAAGAGUGUUGGACGACGAGCUACACCGCAGACAGAAAGCCAUCUCGAGACCCCUAGUCGGUUGUUAGGAGCAUCUCCAAGCAUGUUUGCCAAUCUUCGGUCUCCCGAUCUCUUUCAGCUGGCUGCAUUGGAACCAACUGGCUCGCCGCUCUACCCGCAACAGCGUCUCUUCUGGGACCAAGAUCAUGAGUCUAAUGAGAUCCCGCUACCCGGCACAGGAUCUGACAAGGAUGCCAUCGACUAUACUAGUAUUAUAUCUGCCCACAACUCUCACAGGGACUUAAUACCCCAGCUACCAGCCAUCGACAGUUCAAUGGACCUGCCAGAAUUCGACCCAUUUCGCCUCUGUGCUACUCAACCGAUAGAUGCUGCCGUAUUCCCCGCUCCUUUCUCGACCUCUCCACGCCGUCCUGCCAUCGAGGAUCCGGCUAUGUUCUUGAGCUCACCAGCCCGACGGUUUGGUGGCCCCCAGAUGACGCCAGAGCUAGGGCUAUUUUCCGGAAAGAGGAGACAACCGUAUCACCACCAGGUUGAAGAAUCGAAGCGUGAAGAGCUUCGACGCACACAUGAAAUAGGCCGUCCGCUCGUCGAACCCUCCAGUCUUCUUGAAGAUAACGACGAUAUCACACCGAGAGGUAUUCGGCCUGGACUCACUCGAAGUGCAACACACACUGCAAUGUACUCCCGUGGGAUUCGCAAAAGCCCAUCCAAACGACUAGGCUCGCCCACCAAGGCAUUACGUCCUGCCCACAUGACACGGUCCAGUUCCAGUUCAGUUAGCAGCUUACCUGCCCGCUCACAGUCUGUCGUCCUCCGUAUUGGACGGGAUGGCCGUGCAAAGACGGAACUGCAAUCCAUGCUCGAUGGACCGACAGGAUUGACUGAUCCUCUGACUGGAAUGGACCUUGAUGGCUCGGCCACUGAAAGCGAGUGUGACCCUGCCGAAUAUUCUGAAUAUCCCGUCUUGCCUCGUUCACAUUCUUCUUUCGCCCUCUUUGAUGAUGAAGGUCGUCGGUCCUGGAGUGAUUCGGGCUCUCGCCCUCUUUCAAAGGGAUCUUAUACCUCGGCUGUGGGCUCAAGUCACUCGGGCCACAUGUCUCCAUGGCAGAACUCUUCGCGUGCCCUGAAUGAUCGAUUUGCCUCUCUGGGAUCUCCUGAAGCUGUCAAGCGCACCCCCAAGCGCCAUUCGUCUCUAUUUCAUUCUGAUUCGUCAUUUCCCCGGGGCAGUGUUGCGUCACAGUUGCUACCCGGAGAGGAGGAGGACAAGGGCGACGCCCAACAUGCUCUUCGCCAAGUCUUGAUGGAUCGUGCCCGGGGUCCUCGCCCCUCUACCGCUAGUAGCUAUCGAGGACAACUCACACGAUCAUCUUACUCGUCUGCACACCUGCGCUCCUCCCCUCCUCGAUUCAACAGCGACUUCGACAUUCCCUCACGGUUGUCAAAUACCUCGCCGGUGACGCUUGUCGACCCUGAAUUGACCACUCCCCAUACUGACCGUCACACUAAUCCGAGUAACGGCACCCGCUGCGUUUGCCACUCCAUCGAAAAUGGCGGCCAUCUCAUGAUUCAGUGGUAA